AUGUAUUUUUGGUCACUCCCCUGUUUCCUAUCAGCCUUGCUUUUCAGUGCGCUUCCGUCUAGAGGACAGCCAACCGAAUUAGUACAGAGAAACAUCAAUGCAAAUGCCUCUCACCAUCGAUUUAGUCAAUUGAACCUGGCAGGAACGCUGCUCAUGCCCUCUGAGGGAGCCCAAUACGUCAAUCAAGGUGGUGCGAUGGGCGAUAUUCAACUUGUUUACAACUGUCCAACAACUUUUCCUCAAAGCAAUAUCGGCGAGAGAACCCUGGCCAUCGAUGUAGUUUUAGUACCAAGGAGAGAGGAGGGAUUCAACCCUGGACCUUCGCGAGUAAUUCUAGCACGGGGUCUCAGAGCGAGAAAUGGCCUCAGCGGUGAAAAAAUUCAAGUCAAUUUCGUACCACCCAUCUCCACUUGUGGUGAUUAUCGCAUGAUAGUCACAGAAAGCCAAAUCUUUCAGAAUGCGGUCGUCCAAUUUUCAGCCGGGGCUCCAGCCGUUUCGGUUGCGUGUAGCCCUAUGGACGACUUUUAA